UUGAACUAUUUGAACCGCAGUAUCUAAUCAAUGCGUUACUCCUAAGCGAAUCAUGAUGCCCUCAACUCAUAGUAUAUUAGCUCCGUAUGUACAGAAAAAGGAAGCUAUAAAUGUUUGGGACAGUUAUAAAAAUGGAAAACCAUUACAACUUGUGCAUCGCGUUAACUCGGUUGCGAUUUCCGUAAUACCUCCUUACAAGUAUGGUCUUCCAGAUGGAUAUAAUGUGCAUCUUUACAAAUGUGGUAGCGACAAGCGUUUCCGUAAAUUGAGCGGGUUUUCAGCUCGAGUAGUUUGUUGUAAUUUCAGAAAUGAUGGGAAACUUGUUAUUGUGGGUGAAGAAGGUGGAACUCUGCGUAUCUGUACUACGGACAAAAACAAGUUUCAUCUUCGGAAGAUGAAAGCACACCAGGGUUCGAUUUCAACAGCUUCAUUUUUUUAUGACGGGUUACGCGCAGCUAGUCUUGGAUCAGAUGCAAAUGUUCGAAUUUGGGACGUCACACUGGGUUCUCCAUUAGGGCGUUAUGCGGUUUGCAAUGGAAGCGAAGUUGCUCGUGGUAUGGUAACAGGGAGAAUCGAUAAUAAUCUCUUAUGCUUUGGUGACCUUAAUGGAAAUGUUGCCAUUUACGAUAUACGCGAGCCAAAGCCUGUUCAAAGAAUCAAAUUUCCAUCUGCCGUCUCUGCUCUUGCUCUUAACAAGACAGAUAAAAUUCUGGCUGUUGCUGCUGGUUCAGUUGUACAGUCCUGGGACUUCUCUGCUCAGAAAUUUCAUGACUAUGGAACAAGUCAAGACUUACAUCUUCAUUACAAAGUUAUUACUGGUUUAUUCAUUGAGCAAAAUCCCAUUACAGAUGAAGAAGUUCUUUUGUCUGUUUCGCUAGACAAGCUCGUAAAGUUCACCAGUUUGCUGGAUGGUAAAGAAUUGUAUCAGCUCCAAUGUUCAUCACCAUUGACUGCUAUAGGUGUCACGCCAAAGUGUGAAAGUCUUAUAAUAGGAGGAGAACAUGGCUUCGUUAAAAUCAAACACUACGACCCGAAAAUAGACACAUUUGUCUCGGCUUCAUCUGAGGGGCAAAACAAAGCAUCUUCUAGUGACACAGAGGAUCCGUGUAUGAGUAUAUUGUCUCAGUUUUCAAAGCCAAAUAAAGGCGAUCGCUUUAUGUCAAUGAAAAUGAACGAAUGGCUAGAAGUACCCUUAACUGGUUCUCGCCGUGCUCCCAGGGACUGGUUUUCACCUGAAAAAUCUAAAACAACUGCAAGGCCACAUGUCCCUUUAAUUCAUCAAAAAACGGAAAUAUCACGCAGUGGUCAGUCAUUCCACUCCCAAACCCUGACAAAUACAUAUAAUCGAGUAGAUAUUCUACUUAGACGUUUUAGUCACUCUCGUGCGUUAACGUUAGCUUUAACCUAUCGAUCAUGGACGCGUCAUUUUAAAAGAAAAAUCAUUCCUACUCCUCAAUAUUGUUUAAACUUAGCACUUGCUGUUAUACGAGAAUUAAUAAGAAGAGAUACGUUAGUUGCCGCGAUUGCAGGUAGAGAUAAUCGUCAGUUAGAAUACAUUUUUGGAUUUAUUUACAACAAUAUUUGGCGUAAAGAUUCAUCUGCAGUCUGCUUAGAACUAUAUCACUGUAUAUUAAACACAUAUACUGCUGAGGAACUGGUGAAAAUUCGUGGAUUUGCGAAAGUUACUAGACUGCUCGAACUCACAUCUUCAAACUUCUAUACUCUAAGCAGAAUCGUAGACACAAUUGUAUAUCAGUCCCACAAUUUACCGUAUUCAAAAAAUGAACAAGCCGUAGAAAGAAUGUAUAAUUAUCCCUCAUCUAAUUCGGAAAAUUCACCAGAAUGCAAAGAAACAUCUGUAACUAAUAAGCGUAGAAAACUUGAUGUUACUUAGUUAUUGUAAUCCUGUAUAGUGAAAAUAAAUCUCCUUUCUGACAUUCAUGAUUGUGGUUACCAGUCGGGCUUUCAGGUAAUACAGCUUUGUUAUUGUCUGCAAACGAGUUUCUGUUGGAACAAUAAAAGAUUCCCACAAAAUUCAACUGCAACCACUCAAAAAAUUCCAAUUGGCAUUUCAGUACUUUUAAAGCACUUGGGUAAAGUGGGAUCUAACAAUUCAAAAUCUAUACCCUUAGUGGUUGAUUCUUCCAAACACCGAGAUUUCCCAUAAAUACCGGUCCUUUUCACAAUAUAUCAUCUUCAGUCUAAAUUACACUAAAGUUUCUGAAUUCCUUUUAUCCUCUCAGUUGCUUAAGGUUAUUUCCUUUUAGUUUACUGAUGUCAAGCAUGGCAACUUGAAACUAAGCAAGUUCGUACCAGAUACUACUUUAACUGCUGUCAACAGUUUAGGAUGGUGCUAUGUUUGAAGCGAUUACGAGUUCACCUAAUCUGAGAACGGAACGAAGACUGUGACACGAUGAACAACAAGCUAGCUAUUUCGGUGCGUCCCAUCCCCGCUGACUAGAGAGAGAGGUCCAAGUUCAGAAGGGGGAAAUAUGUUCCACAAGCAGCCAGGAAACAAAAAACAAGAAGCACAACUUAAGCGUAUAUAUACAGCAUAAAAAUCUCAUUGGGAAGCGUUACAAAAUACCAUACUAAAAGAUACAACGAACCGAUAGCGUUUAAGAUCUUCCCAAGUGGGAAAUACGACAUAAAGAUGAAAAUUGGUGCUUUCGGCGCGAAAACAAGAAAUUCAAAUUUUUAAAAUGGAAUUAUAAAAAUAAG